CCCACAACAACACAACAGAGUUUAUGUUGUGUUGUUAUCUGUUGGAGCAAAGCAAAGCAAAGAAAAAAAGGGGGAAAUUGAACGCAAGAGAAAAAUUCAUUAGCGCAAAUAACAAAGAAACCCGAAAGCUAUUAAGCGAUUAAACAAAAAUUAUUUUAAAAACAGUUGCUAUAGAACAAAAGCAAAGAGUGUACAAGUUAAUAAUGUAGAUGAUACAAAAAUUUGUGCAUUUGUCGAUAGAGAGAAGUGUGCGUGUGAACAAGUCAGUGGUGGCUAAAAAAACAAAAUCAAUAAAUAUUUACCCUAGGCCUAUGACCCAUUAGUUUCCAAUAAAAAGUGUUUUCGAGAAGGAAAGUCAAGAAACUUUCUUAAUUCGAUAGUUCAAGUGAUUUUUUUUAUUAAUAUUUAUGAGCUAAAUAUACAUAAAUAUCAAUUGUUAAGAAACGUACGCACAUACACACAUUCAUAUGUAUUUAUUUACAAAUGAAAGCUUCACUUGUUGGGAUUAGCUGAAACUUUGCAGAGCAACACGCCACCGAUAUCAGCAAAAAGGCAACAACAAAAUCAUCAUAUAGAUCUUUGUCUCUUGAUGGUGGUGAUGCACAUGAGAACUGAGGAGACCGCCUUUCACAGUUCGAAGGCAGCAUUCUGACAGAUCUGAUCAUUAUUCCACUGCGUGUCACAGAGCUGACGAGGCCACACUGGCUCUGCAUAACUUACUACAGAACCGUCAAUUGCUUUGUACGUGGUCAACAAAGUUUCUUUGUCAGCACCCAAAAGGCUGCAGACGAAUUUAGCUUAACCUUGGCUUUACCAUGACCGUCCAAAGCAAAUUGGCAACAACACUAUGUACCUGCAAAGACUUCCAGCAUCCAUGGACCGACAGUUGUGUGAAUGCAACCGCCGGUCUAUUGCUAUCAGCCACACCAUAUUGCCUUAGGGUCUAUUCCAUGGUUUAUGUGCUUUCCCUGGUAAUGCGUCACAAAAUUCCCACUUUAGAUGAUCUUCGCAAAACCGUGCAGGGUAUUUUGCAAUCUACCGCGUUUUUGGUGACCAACAGUUAUGGAUUCAUAAUGUUCAAUUGCCUUCUGCGUUAUUUGAUGGGCCACUAUACAGUAUACACUGCGGCAUUUUUACCCACAUUUUUGGCCAGUCUUAUGGCCAUUGUUGUAGAAAGACCCCAAAGAAGACCUUUGCUGGCUUUAUAUGUGGCCAAUGUGGCAACGGAAUCGUUAUGGAAUAUGGCUGUGGCUCGCGGCUGGGCCAAAUCUAUACCGAAUGGACAGGUUUUAAUUUUUGGUGCUAGUAUUUCCACACUACUGUAUCUGUACAGGCUGGGAUUGCAUAAAACAACAUGUAAAGAUUCUCUCUUCGGUAUUCUACGCAUAUUUGUGGGUAAAACCGAAGAAGGAGAUGCCAAAGGCAAGGAAGUUAAAUUUGACGACUCAGUACCUGCUACAUCAACUGCUCAAAGAACAUCUCGUCCACCUGUGAGCUUAUCCACCAUUAAUGGUUGGGUGCAAUUAUAUUCACGUUUCAUUGGUACGCUGAAAGGCAAGCAUGAGAGCUGUACGCACAAAUGCGGCUGUCUCAGUUAUGCCGUAAUGGGUGGCUUGAAACCCUUGCUGGGAGGUAUUGGCAUUCAGGUGGCUUUGAAACUUGUGAUGAAUUUCAAGAAAGUUAUACAAAAUAAGUUGGAUUGGAAGCAGACGAUUUUAAAUAAGAAAACAUUGAACUUGGGCUUAUUCUUGGGUUCAUUUUCCUUCCUUUACAAGUCAGUUUCAUGUGGCCUUAGACACAGCUUUAACCGUGAUGAUCCUCGAUUUGCCAUACCCGCUGGAUUGAUUGGCAGUUUGAGCUUCUUUUACUAUCCCGAUACAACAGUGGCAUUGUAUGUCAUGUGGAAAACUUUACAAAUUGUUUACAAUUUGGGCAUUAAGGAAAAGAAAGUGCCUGAGGUACCUGGCUUCACCAUACUCCUUUAUGCCUUUUGCACAGCGGUAUUAUUCCAUUCGGGUAUCAUGGAAGCAAAAACACUUAGGCCCAGUUAUUACAGAUUCCUACAAGCCAUUUCUGGACAAAGAUUAAAUAAAUUCAAUUUGGUGCCCAUGGAUGCCUUUGGCUUAAACACAUUUGCCCAGACCGAAGAAGUAUUGAAGGCCUAUAAAUUAACCGAUAGAACUUCGUUGCCACAAUGCUCCUUGGCUAGUUGGUAAUAGCAGUAGACCCAAAGAAACACAAAAGUUCCAACUUGUAAAUAACACAACGUAAUGUAAUCCUAUCAGAAAAAAACAUGCAUCCAUACCAUAUGCAUUCUUCAUUUACUAACACUUGAGAGUUUUCAAGAAAAACACAAAUCGUCAAUUUCUUCUCGAAGAAAUUUUCCAA